UUUUUAAAAUUUGUUUUUUUUGUAAAGUAUUUUCGUCAACGACUCUUGUUUUUAGUUAAUGUGGGCCUUCAUGCCGUGUUAAUACGACUGAGCCCGCUGAUACACGCAGGAGAGCAGCGGUGUAAAUGGUGAGUAGCCUCUGUGACCCCCCCCCCCUUUGAAAAAUCCUUGCUACGCCCCUGGAGGAAUACAAUGUUAAGUGCACCACUAGCAAAAUAAGUUUUAUCCGAUUUGCUCUACUGAAACUCAUCGUUUUUGGGAAGGCUUGUGAAAACCCAUCUGCGUAUCUCGGAGUUUUCCUGGAAAUUUCUUUUGAAAAAAGGAUCAGUUUAUUUAUACCAGCCAAAAGCAGCAAUUGCUCCCCAAUUCGGUUAAAAAUCUGUCAAUUUACAGCUUUUUUCCUCUCCCACAAAAUAUGACUUGUCGAAGCCAUCAAGAAGUACUGCUUUCUCAGUAACAUAGCCCUAUAAUCGUACACAUCGUGUCGCUGUACAGGUUAUCAUUCUCUUCUCCACGUUGGUGAUUUUUCACCGUUUACUCAAGGGAAAAAGACUGGGCCUGAUGCCAAGAUACCCCUCUCUCCCUCGCUAAGCCUAAACUACCUCCCCGUCCUAUGGAAUUUCUAACCAUUUCUCGGAAAGUCGGUAACCCACAUCAACUUUGAGUUUCUAGGAAAGGGGACACAUCACUUCCUUCAUACACGAUUCAACUCGUUUGGAUGAUGUGUCGAUGCAACUGUCUUUUCUAGCGAAGAUAUUCAAACACAGAAAAACUUCGGUUGUUUCGCUGUAAAAUAUUUGUCGUUCUCUGUACGUGCUCCUUUCGAGAAAUACUUCCGGUAUUUCAACAUCGCAUUGUCUUAGUGACUAACGUUCAGCGCCAACUUUCGUGAUUAUUGUAGCGCUCGUCCAAGCUCUAAGAAAACUAACUUCAAUAGCAGUAAAGUAGAUUAUUGUAGCGACUCACUACAAGACAAACCGUGCAAUUUUUAGACUUAAAUUUCUUGUAUUUGCACCGUAAGACAAGGAAAAUAUUGAGACAAUAGAAAGCCUUUGAGACUAUGCUGCUCAGCUUGUCCAAGUCAUUAAUUCUUUUAGCAUCGAUAAUUUUUAGCUACUCUGGUAUCUUCUUUGAACCAAUUUUCAAGAAAAGGGAAAGAUAUCGUUCUCUAUUCUUGUAGAAAUAGUAGCGAACUGUUCCCCACGCAAAAUUGUUGCAGUUUCGCUGAAUUAUGCACGUCAGAUUUUAAAAACAAUAAUGAAAUUAAAUAUGGAAUUCUAAAGUGUUCCGGUUUUAGGAGGCUCUGUCUCCACAUGCGAGAUGUUCCUCAGAGAAAAUGUGCGAGAUUUCACGUCCAAUGGACACUAAGGUUUUCCCCUUCAUGAGAUUACUUGUUUUAGAUUUAAAACGCCAAACUGCAAGUUUAUACUCAAGUUUGAUUGUUUCUUUUCCUAGAAAAAACGUUUUACUCUCACAAAGCACCUUUUUUACUUCCGGCCAAAUUCUACGAAUCGUCACCGUGGUGACAACGGAAGAAAGCUUUUUUCCCGGAAAUACGUCGUUGUGAUGGUUCAGAUAUAAAUACGAUAGCUAUGUAUCUUACGAAAUACAAUUUUAACAUCUUCAGACUGGUGAAUCAUGGUCACAAAUUCAAGGAACCAGCAGUAACAAAACUAUGUGUAACAAGAAACAUGAAGGUCAUUCGGUGUUGUAACGAGCUUGGCGUCGGAACUCAGAGUUACUAUAGUCGUUUACGAAAUCGAUGACUGCUGAUAUACACGCUGUUUCUUCGCUAGAGGUUGCUGUCAAAAGAUUGGAGAAAAGUGGCUUUUAUUGGGGAGCCAUAAGUGGAAUCAAAGCGAAAGCUGUUCUCCGUGAUCAAGCGGUUGGGACGUUUCUUGUUCGCGACAGUUCAGAGUCACGGCAUUUAUUCACCAUAAGUUUAGUCACUUCUGUUGGGGUAACAAACGUUAGAAUAGUAUUUUUGGAGGGUUUAUUUUCACUGGACAAAAAGGACACAUCAAAGACAACAACAAACAAGGAACUUCAUCAUUGUGGUCCUCCAAAGUUUGACUGCGUCGUAAAGAUGGCUUUCUAUUAUAUGCUAGUGACAAGAAAGAUUUUACAAGCGAGGGGAAGGAGCUCGCUAGAUGAACUCGAAACGAAAGGAACCGCAAAGUUUUUCCUUUGGCGUCCGCUGUAUAAGGAAUUUGCCAGUCUCCAGCAUUUAUGUCGUAAGGCACUUAACAACCAACUUUUGGCUGGUGGAUCCAAGGAGGACGCAAAAAGUAUUCCACAUACUGUCAAAUUUUUCUUAUCGAAGUACCCAUACCCAAUUUAAUAUGUACAUGGUACGAAGUAUUUCAAUUAGCUUAUGUAAUCGCUCCUCAUUUUGACGGAGGGAACCGAGAUUGACUCGUGAUUCGUAGUUAACAUUUCAAAGAAGGCUGUGUUCUCAGAGUGGAAAUAUCUGCCUUUUCUCUGUACAUAAACACUACUGCAUUGUAAAUGUUGAGUAUAUAGAUAUGUAAGACGUUGCAUUUAUGAUCAAUUUGUUCAGGACUCGACAAAUUAUACUACAUUCACGAAUUCGUGGGAGAGUGGCAAUACCCACCGGUCGCUUUCUAAAAUAUAAAAUGGAAUCUAUCAAAAAAAAAAACUUCCAUCCAAUAUCGUCAAUCCUUUGAAAGUGGAGUGAAAAGAUGUGCACAUAUUUCGUUUUGUUUAAAGUCUAUAAAUACAAUGUAAAUUAUUCUUUAAGGAAGAGCAAGCGACAUUGGAUAUUCUUUUUACUUGUAGUUAAAUAACUUCCCGUCUUUCUCGAAAACGGUUAUUUUCACUAUUGAAAGUGCUUUGUUCGCAGCCCUGUGUGACCUCUCUCUUCAAGUUUGAUUCUAAGAAAAUUUCCACUUCCACCCGUAACCGGUUUCGUUUUUGGUGACCGGUGAACAACUCUCGUUUCGUUCAAUUUAAUUAGCGUAGCAGUUCAUAAACUGAAACUUAGUACAAAGAAAAAAACAACUUGCAUCAGAAUUUUACGAAUAAGUCGAAGAUGAGAUAUAUUUUCGGUACACAAGACAACAUGAAAGAAAAUUGUACUUUCAGAUUAAAUUUAACUGUCUUGAUACCGCUUUAAGGAACCUUUGCAUGCAAGUCUCUCGUGUACCUCAAGAUUACAUCGAUCAUUUACGACUUUAUGGAAGAAAAUAUCUUUUAUCUGUGUUACUUUUUUAUAAUACCCUCAAUUCAUUUGUGUUUGUUCACUAAAGGAAGUCUUUGGACAGCUGUGGUACACUACGUCGAAAAAUUAAAACGAUCUUGAGCAGAUGUUCGCCUCUCUACAGGAAGAAAACAAUGAGUAUUAAAGACAUUUUGAUAUUUUCAAA